AUGGCCCCGAUUCGGAUCGUCGCGCCCUCUUCUGUAGCGGCGACGACCUCGCUCACCGCGCCGCCGUCGCCUUCGAAGCGUAGGUCCUUUCAGCCGUGUCUGCAUCUGAACUGGCUUUGACGUACUCCCCCAAGCUGACCGAGGACCUUGCAUCAUAUCUUACUGUAACAGCUGCACCGUCAGUCCCCUUCUCCUUCCCCAGCCGUGCCUUACGUCCCCGGUGUGGCCUCGAUUCGAGCUGGCAGUCGAGGCAGUUGUAGAAGUCCCUCGCAGUUGACCACCUCGUUUCAUCAUCCGCUGCGCCUCAAACUUGUGCAGGUCAACACCACUUUCGGUUGCCUGCGUGGCCAAGGCCGCCAUCUUCGUCCCGGGGGGUGCAGCCCCCGCGAGCGCUGUUCAUGGCAACGAGCCAGGCGCGUCCAUGAGCGCCGGCCAACAGACCCUCGCACCGAAUGCAGGCGCCCAGGAAUUCGUCCCCGGCAAGAGGUCCACAACGUGAGCUCCCACCGUUCUUUGGUCAGGCUUCAUGCCGCUGGUCCAUCGCCUCGGGCCGAACUCAUGCGGCCGCGUGCGUCUCUCUCGUGCCCAGACCGGCGUUGUCCGAAGAUGCCCCUUACUUCACCCCGGCCGCGCAACGCCAUCACCUGCAACACCAGACCCCCGCCGGACAUUUCGCCAACAACAGUCAUAGCAGCGGGAGUGGGGAUGCGCGCGGCCUGGCCGGUCCCACGGCGCACAUCCAUCACGUCGACUCACCACACGCGAUCGGCAUGCAUUCGGUGGUGCACACGCCGACACAAUCCAACGACCAUCAUCUGGCCGACUACUUUGCCCAGUCGAUGGACGUGGUACGUCAGCAACGCACCGCCCCUUUCUGUAUGGGGGAACAGAAGGAUCCUGACCGAUUCUUCUGUAUUCCUGCCCGUCCCGGCGUACAGAACGGUCCCAGAGACUACAAUCGAGCCGGUCCCGGCGGCCCCUCGGUGAUGUAUGGUGGGGGAGCGGUCGGAGCGGGGCCAUUGCACGGGUCGGAUCCUCAACAGGCGAUGUACGACUACGGCGGACACGUCGGCCCCGCAGGCUCGCAAGAUGCGUACUAUGCUCCUCAUCAAUCUGCGAUGCCUUCUUUCGUUCGUCAGCCGGUGAGCAUUCACCCUUGAUCUCGAUUCCGAUCCAGAAAUUUCGCUCGACUGGAGCACAGAUUCGCUGAUCUAGACUCGUUCGCAUCAUAUCACCUCUCUUCGCCUCGAACAGCUACAAUACCAUCUCUACCAUCCGCUGCCCUCUUCUUCAACCCAUCAACAAUCCCAGCAGUUCCCAUCCUUCUUCCUCCCGCCGUCGCUCCACAUCGCAUUGACAUCCAAGCUCGAAGCGACCCACGCGACCCCGACCGUUGACCUUAAACUGCCCGAAGAGGUCGGUGGGUACAUCGGCCUGUACCCUCUGGACAAAGGAAUGGCGCACAGUGGAGCGAAUGGGGGCGGUGCAGAGGGACAGAGUGGAUGGAACGGGUUCCGAAGCUGGGUCUACAAAGCAUGGAAGGAAAGCGACGGGAAGGCGUAUGCGCUAAGGAGGAUUGAGGGUGCGUUCCUGACGCCGCCGAAAAUGGUGGACCGUUUCAUGACUGACCGGAAUUGAGAUCAUUCCCGCCUUCAGGGUUCCGAUUACACCAUGAAUCGGCCAUAACUCUGGUCGAAAAAUGGACGCGGCUGAGGCAUCCCGGGCUGGUGUCCGUGCGGGAAGCGUUCACCACACGAGCCUUUGGCGAUCAAUGUGCGUCUCUCACUUCCCUUUCCCCUCAGAUCGACAUGAGCGCCCAAGACAACCAUACUGAUCCCCCCUUGCGGCUCUGACACACUUGCAGCUAUCAUCUUCGUCUACGAUUAUUAUCCGACAUCUCAGACUAUCUGGGAAUCACACCUUUCGCCGCUGUCGACGAUGCCGCCGAACCCCUGGGCCACCCCUAACCACAACGUCUAUCAGCAUAACCACCAUCACGCACAUCUUUCGCAUCCGGGUGCUGGCCAGCACCGCGGGCGAGGGGCAGGGCAGGUCAAUUCGACCUCAACAAGUGGUGGUGGAGGAGGAGGUGGGGGUGGGGGAGGUAUCGGUCUCGCCGAGCGCGUGCUAUGGAGCUACCUUGUCCAAAUCGGGAGUGUGCUCAAACUUAUUCACAGUAACGGCCUUGCCGCUCGAACGCUCGAAGUCAACCGGCUGCUCGUCACAGGCAAGAAUCGAGUUCGACUGGCCGGCUGCGGCGUGUUGGACGUGCUUCACUUUGACGGGGUCAACAACUUGGCGCAGCAGCAACAAGAAGACUUGCUCUCGUUUGGCAAGUUGAUCAUCACCCUCGCGUGCGGUUCCCCUGCGGCCGUGCACAACCUGCCCCAGUCGGUGGAGCACAUCGCUCGGGUCUAUUCGCCCGACCUCAAGAACACGGUGCUGUACCUGCUGAGCAAACCUGGCCCGAGAAAGUCGAUCGAAGAGGUCAUCGCCCUGAUGGGGACGAGGGUGAUCGACGAGCUCAACUCGUCGCUCGUCGCCGAGGACACGCUCGAAUCCGAGUUGCUACGCGAGGUCGAGAACGGUCGUCUGGUGCGCCUGCUGACCAAGUUCGGCUUCAUCAACGAGCGACCGGAAUUCGACCACGACCCGCGAUGGGCCGAAACGGGAGAUCGGUACAUCAUCAAACUGUUCCGCGACUACGUGUUCCACCAGGUCGAUGACCAAGGGCGACCGGUGACGGAUCUGUCGCACGUGCUGGUCGCGCUCAACAAGCUCGACGCCGGGGUCGACGAGAAGCUGUUGCUGGUGUCGAGGGACGAGCAGAGCUGCCUGAUUGUCAGCUACAGGGAGGUGAAGAACUGCAUCGAAGCGGCGUUCCUGGACCUGUCGAGAGCGGGUGGGGCUCAUCAUCCGUAG